AUGCAUGUAUAUAAAUAUAUGUUUGCCAUGCGUAUGGAUAAGCGGCUUUUUAUCUGUUGUUUGCUACUGCUGCCGGUUUUGCUUUUUUUAAAAAAUUUUCUUGCCAGUAUUGCCUUGGGUUGGGCCGGGGAAGUGGUGUUGGCCAUUGUGGACGCAGAGGAGGCAUUGGGCUCGCGUUUUGAGCUCCCUGAGACGAUGGAAACGGCUCCACGUGCAACAGGUGGAGCGGCGAGUAGUAGCGUGUGCUCUGACCUUCGCGAGCUCAACGAGGCGAAGGUGGCCAACAUUCUCUCCUACCUCGACGAGGCCGUCGCGACACGGCCGCAGUUAGCUGCGCCCUUCGCCCAAAAUGAUGAAAUGUUGCCCGAGUCGUAUGUCUCUGAGGGCAUUCCGCUCUCUUCAUCGGCGGCACCCAACCGCUUGUUGCUCAAUAAACCACCGCUUGCCGCACCGCCACCUCAAUUAACACAACGUCAACAACAACAACAACAACAACAACAACAAAUGUCUUCGAGUGCUUCCGCUUCUUGUCUCACUUCUUAUGUGAUUGGUGGAACUCUUGAUCCUUACGUUGGUGUAUACCAUGGCAUCAAGUCCAAGAUAGAGGCGCUGCGGUUCAGCAAUGAUGAACUUCGAGCGGAGAAUGAGGAGCUGAAGGCGCGACUAAGUACGGCUCGCCAACGGGAGACGGAACAUGUGGAGAAGUUGCAGGCUGCCGCUCGUAGCGAAGUGGACUCGUUGCGCAAAGGAUUUCAGGAGUCCGAGAAGGAACAUAACCGGGUGACACAAUUACUGCAGCGGGAAAAGGCUCAGCUCACGAAAGCGGUAGAGUCGCUUACAACGCAGCUGCGGCAGGAAAUGUCAAGACGAGAGGAGGAGGUGGCAAAAUUAGAGUCGGCCAACGCAGCUGCUAUUGCUCAACUGAAGACCAGGUGGCAGGCGCAGGAAAAGGCUGCCCGUGAAAAGUGGAAGAUCUCAGAGGCCAAACGUAUCAAGGAGAGCACGUUGCAGUCGCUGGAGCCCGACAUUGUGCUCCUGCUGAACCGACACAAGGCUGAGAAGGCACGGCUGCGGGAGGAAUUUGAGAAUGAACUCCGUCAGAGGGACGAAGUCAUUGCGUUGAAGGAGGCGGAAGUGGAGGAAGUAAAGGCAAAAUUGGCGCGUGAUGCCGAGGCGAUGAUGACGCGCGAGCAGAAGGAGUUCCGUGACCGCCUCAGGGAGGAGAUAGAGCGGGUGAAUCGCCAGCUGGAGGAUGAGCGCCGUGUAGCCAGACAGAAAACUGAGAACACAGAGGCGUUUUUUGAGGAGCAGAAAAGUGUCAUGCAGCGUGAGAUUUCGCGUCU